AACAACACACACUUGGUUAUCUCUCUCUCUCUCUGCUACUUGUGAAUUCAUAAUAGAUCAAUUCAAAGCCCCAUUCAAAAACACAGAUCAUAACUCUCUCUCUCUCUCUCUUCCCAAUUCCUCAUUGUAAAUCUAUUUCUCAGUCCCUUUUUUCUCUGGUUUUCUGUUAAUCACACCACAUAAAAAACCAAUCACUGACCCCUGUUUUUCUUCUUCGUCUUCGUCUUCCUAUUUAGGUACCCCUCUCUCUUUCUCUGUUCUCCUUAUACCCACACACCCCCUCUUUCUUUCUCUCUCCAAAGUUUGAAACUUUGUGUCACAAACAUGAGCGGUGGUGGGUUUAGGGCUUCAAUUCCGAGCAGUGUCAGGAAGACGAUCCAGAACAUUAAGGAGAUCACAGGGAAUCACAGUGAUGAGGACAUUUAUGCAAUGCUCAAGGAAUGUUCCAUGGAUCCCAACGAGACCACUCAGAAGCUUCUCCUUCAGGACACAUUUCAUGAGGUCAAAAGAAAGAGGGACAAAAGAAAGGAGAAUCUUAACAGCAGAGAGUCUGUGGAGCCACGAUGGAGGCCUGGUGCCCAAGGGAGGGGGCCUAGGGGUGGUCGGGGAAAUUUUUCACCUCAUAAUGCAUCUCAUGAUGCUGGAGGUAGCAAGAAUUCUGGCACGGCCAAAGAUGUUGGGACUCAUCAAGCAGCUGAGAAGGUUGCGACGCCUUUGCCAGCUGCUCAAGAGGAGCUAUCUAAAGAAAAAUGUUCUGGAACGAGCUCUGUGUCGACUAUUGCCAAUGGUCCUAAAACUGAAGGUUUUGGAACUACUAGUGGCGGGAGUCCUUUCCCGUCAUCAGCUGGAGCUGGAGAGAGAAUGGGUCCACCACCAGGUCCUAUUAAUAAUUUGGGUAGUGCUUUGCCUUCUGAUAGUAGUUCACAUAAAGUUUCAACUGUUACAUCUGGAAGUGGGUCACUGCACUCCUCCGGUAACUGCUCAGGGUCUGGAUCUGCAUCUUCAUCAGCCGCAUAUUUCUCUUCUUCAGACCCGGUGCUGGUUCCAUCUAGUGAUUCAUGGGUUCCUGGUGCUGUUGGUGCAAUCAGACGUGACCUUGGUAGCCAACGUCCUCCUGGGGAGUUAAAUUCUGGUAACACUGGUGAGAACAAAGUAGUUGCUGCUUCUGAGACUGGUAGCUCUUCUGUGCAAGGAAAGAUUCAAGUCAAAUCUCAGGGAGUGACUAAAAAUCACCAUUCUGAGAUUUCAUCCACUUCAUCGUCAGCCACUCAUGGGAGUUCUUCAAAUAGCCGACCUUCCUCUAAUUACGGUAGCAGGUCACAACAAUUAAUUGGCAAUCAGAAAGCUGGUUCUACUAAGGAGUGGAAACCAAAGCCAACAAAUACGACCAAUCAGGGCUCUAGGCCAGCUAGUGCAUCUGAGACUCGUGCCGUUUCUGCUGAGGUAACCGGGCAGUUAUCGUCUGCCCCUAGUUCCCUUGUCUCUGAAGAAGCUACUACAGAGCUGCAGAAGAAGCUGGAGGAUUUCCAUCUUCCACAGCGUCAACAUGUUAUACUUCCUAACCAUAUCUUUGUGCCCGAGUCUGAGAAGAACAAAUUUUGCUUUGGAAGUUUGGGAGUCACUUUUGGAGUCGAUACAAGCUUUGUUAGUGGUCCUGAGAGUGAAAAGAGUUCCACACCUCCUUCGGAAACAUCUCAGGCUGUUGAAGAGACGGUGGAUGAGCAGGCUUCAAGUCAAAAUGUUGCUGUUACAUCUGAGGUGGGAGAUUAUGCUGAUCAUCCACAAUCACCUUCUAAUGUUGCCGAAAAUUUGUCAUCCAAUGAGGUUGAUGGGUCUUCCAGUGCUAUACCGGAGUAUAAUGAAUCCAAGCAAGACAAUUCUUUACCAUCUGGAGGUAAUCAAUACUCCGGGGUGCAUACUUCUUCAAAUUACAGUUUUGGUUUUGUGCCCCCAAUGUCUCUGAGUACACAGGCUGCCCCAUUUGACAAUUCUGAUUCGGAAACACGUGACGUUUCCCGGCUUCCUAGCUAUGUUGUCCAUCAACCAUUUGAUCCAACUAGUUAUUAUGCCCAGUUUUACCGCUCAGGGGCUGAUGGUGAUGGCCGUCUUUCUCCAUUUCCUUCUGCUGGGGCUGCUACAAAGUACAAUGGCAAUGUUGCAGUGUUGCCUGCGUCGAAUUCUCAGUCUCCACAAGAGGGAGGUGUCUUGUCCACAGCAGGUCCAACGCCGCUUGUGACCCAAGCUGCUGGGCUAAUGCAAAGCUCAAUAGCCGUUACUCAGCAACCUGUACCUGUUUUCAGACCACCAAGUGGGGUUCACAUAUCCCACUACCCUCCUAACUACAUUCCAUAUGGUCACUAUUUUUCGCCAUUUUACGUCCCGCCUCCAAUUCACCACUUUCUUGGUAAUGGUGCAUUUCCUCAACAACCUCAGGCCAGCACUGUGUAUCCACCUCCGCCAGCAGUGGCUGCCACAGCGAUGAAAUAUCCUCUUCCGCAAUUCAAACCUGGAGGAAAUGCAGCUAACCCAACUCACCUUGUAAUGCCCGGCGCCUAUGGUGCAUAUGGCUCCUCGCCAGCCGGUUAUAAUCACAGUUCUGCAGCAUCUGCAGGGAAUUCAACCUCUAACGAGGAUCUUGGUUCAUCCCAGUUCAAGGAAAGUAAUGUUUACAUUGGCGGACAGCAGAGUGAAGGUUCCGCAGUGUGGGUGGCUGCACCUGGUCGAGAUAUGUCCAGUUUGCCAACUAGUUCAUUCUACAACCUCCCACAGCAGGGACCGCAUGUCACUUUCACCCCAACUCAGGCUGGCCAUGGCACCUUUGCCGGCAUUUAUCACCCAGCACAAGCAGUGACAGCUGCAACAGUUCAUCCCCUUCUACAACAAUCUCAGACAAUGGCUGGAGCAGUUGAUAUGGUAGGACCGGGAGGCAAUGUUUAUCAGCAGCCUCAGCACACACAGAUCAAUUGGCCAAGCAACUAUUAAGGUCAGGACAUGUUUCGUGAUGGAUAAAACCAUUUAUAUUAUGAAGUCCUUAUAUGGGGAAAAUUUUUGAGAAAAACUCCAAAAUUGUGGUUGGAGUUCCACAAGGACACGAAUGACAAUAAUUGGCUGCAUUUGAGUGUAACAAGGUGGGAAAAAUUUGCCAAUAGGAGCUUCUGAUUGCUUGGGUUGAUGACAUGAAAGGUAGGACACCUGUAACCGAUAUUGACAGUUAAAAAAGUUAGACGAGCUAGAAAAGAAACGUAUGCAGGCAUUCCCUUUUUGCUUUCGCUCCUGCCGUUUUUUAUCCCUUCUUUGAUAGCUUCAAGUUUUUUUUUUUUCCUCCCUUCCCUUCUUUUUCAUUGAGGUUCUUGAACUCUAUUAAGAGUAUUGUUGAGUGUUGAGAAAAUUGUCCAUUCUUUCUUUUCUAGUGUGGGUUUAUAGGGUUUGGAAGGUUUUAGGUUGUUGGGGGGGAAGCUUUUUAUGGUGCCUCUUUUGUCUUACCUGUAAAGUGAGAAUUUUUGAUAGCAAGAAAAUUAUUUACUGAA